UGUUACAGACUCAACUACUGGCUGUGUGGACUCCAGCCAGCCUCAUACCAUGGUCUCAACCUUGCGCUGCAUGUGGCCUGCUGUCUGCUGUUUACCAGAGCGGCUCUGGUCGUGGCUGGUCUGCAGGCAGGAUUCGCCACAGUCGCUGGUCUGCUCUUCGCGGCUCACCCGAUACAUACCGAAGGGGUUGCUGGGAUUGUAGGGCGAGCCGAUGUCCUGGCUUGCUUUUUGUUUCUUCUGUCCUUUCUCAUUUACCACGAUGAAGGGUGGAGGUUACCUGGUGGUAGCAGUGGCAAGGUGGCAUGUAGCUGUGUCAUGGCAGCUCUGUCAAUGUUAGCUAAGGAGACUGGUCUGACUGUGCUUCUAGUCAACUUAGGAUACGAUCUCUACAAGUGUUGGCCUCAUGUUAAGAGGGUUGUUGCGGAAGCGCGCUGGAACGAGGAAAGCCUGUUAUUCGCCCGCAGGACGGCUAAAAUACUCGUAGCGACGAGUAUGUUGUUGGCGUUUCGGCUGGCAAUGUUGCAGGGAGCUUUACCUAAGUUCUCCAGCCAAGACAAUCCUGCAGCCUUUCACCCUUGUCCGUACGUCAGGCUCCUGACGUUCUGCUACCUAGCAGCGUUCAACUGGUGGCUCCUAGUAUGUCCUUCUACCCUCAGUCAUGACUGGCAGAUGGGCUCCAUCCCUCUCGUGACGUCACUAGCAGACUGUCGCAACCUGACCACGGCGCUGUUUCUUACCUGUUGUGUACUCAUCGCCUACCGCUGCGCCGCUGACUUUGAGGCGCAAAGGCACGCUCCACUGGUGUUAGCAGGUUUACUAUUGGCAGCUCCAUUUCUACCAGCUACUAACCUCCUCUUCACUGUCGGCUUCGUCGUCGCCGAGCGGGUCCUCUAUAUGCCUAGUUUGGGAGGAGUGCUGCUGGUAGCGUACGGAGCCCAACAGUUACACGGCUGGUGUGGUCCUCGACCUCGCCGUCGACUGUUCCUGCUGCUGGGGCUGCUGCUGCUGGUGACGUCAUUCUCCUGCAGAACCUUCGUCAGGAAUAAUGACUGGGCGACAAGGGAGUCACUUGUCAGGGCUGGAAUCAAAGCUCUACCUCACAACGCUAAGAUGCACUACAAUCUGGCAAACUACCUACGGGACACCAACAUUCCAGACCUCGCUAUAACACAUUAUAAGGAGGCAAUCAGGUUAUGGCCGCGUUAUGCGAGCGCUCACAAUAAUCUGGGCACGCUGAUGAGUUCUCCAAACGAAGCCGAGAAUCACUUUCUGUCAGCCAUUACGAUCUCGCCGUCCCACGUCAAUGCGCACUAUAACCUCGGUCAGGUCUACAGGAAGAUGAACCGCACGAUGGAGGCGGUGACGAUGCUAGAGAGAUGUCUGAGGCUGGACACGUCAUACAGCCCAGCAUACCUGGUCCUGGCCAAGCUCAGGUCUCCACCAAUAGCAGCCCGACUGUUGUACCACGUGACACAGCUGAUACCAACCUCACCUGACUACCAAGCCUACUUCGCUACAUGGCUGCACGAGAGAGGGAUACCAAGACUAGCACUGAUGUUCUACUUGCGAGCAUUAAGACUACAGAACAACCACUUAUCAGCGACACUGGGAGUAGCGCGCUGUCUAAGGGCCCAGGGUCAGAUAGCCAGGCUACAUCAGUUCCUGAUAAGAUGGUACUUGAUAAACCGUCGUCACAGCAGCAGUCGACGCCUAGUACAUGUGGCGGAGCUGUACGUGCACAGCUGGGACCUGUACAAGCCUAGCCAGACCACGGCCCAUGUCUACCAAACUCACCACCCUGAGUGCGGGACCGAUGGUGAGGUUGAAGACAGCAAGCCUGACAGGCCGAGAUGGUGGCGUCCCCUGGGACCGAUUAAUCACACUAAGAGUUCUUGUAGAAGUAAACAGAGUGGCGGCGACUCAACGGAGCGAUACAUGGAGGGAGACACGCAACCCUUAGACCCAACCCGCAUCUGCGUGGAGCAAUCGGAGCAAUCAGCUCAGCCCGGCAGCUAGUCUGGGUCAACAACCUCUACAACACGGGGGACGAGCUGGCGAUGACUGUACUGACAAGGGACAAUUACAAGUAUUGUUUGUAACUCGUUACUUCGAUGCUGAUCGACCAGAUAUUUACUGCAAAAGAAAUCGAAUCAGGAAGUAAAUCUUACUACAUUUCCAACUGUAUGAAGUUAAAAACUGUAUGAAGUUUAGAUACAAAAGUUUUUCCUUUUUUCCUUGUCAAUAAAAAAAAAAUAAAAUCAGCUUGGUAAAUAUCCUGAUUAUAAUUUCUAUUGUCUCGUUGCUUAAAAACAAUGUUAUUGUUAUGUAGAAAAUAAACAAUUGAAUGGAAAAUAGUUAUCAUGAAACCCUCAAACUUCCAGUUAUAUUAAGCUAUCAUGAUCGAUAUAAUCAGUCAUUGCAAAUAAUAAAGUAUAAGCCAAAAUCUGAACACAAUGUGUAAGGGUGUGACUGGUAAUAUAAUAUAAAAUUGUAUUAUGAUUUAACCGUUACAAUUUUCCACAUUAUAUUUUGAAGGCAUUAAUUCGUUUCUGUAUAACUCACAACUUCUGACAUAGGCUGAUAAACAUAAUUUCUUUCAUUGCUUACAUGUAACAAAAUUAAAGUCUUAUAAACCCUUAAUGCAGUCGAAGACUCUGGUCAAAUUGUAAGGUUAUCGAUUGAAAUCUGCAAUGUUAUUGUUAUCCAUAUUUCAUUUCAGAAGAAACCCUGUCAGUGAAGAUGUAUGAGAUGGUGUGUGCUCAAACGUAGUCGUAGCUCUUUGUUAUUAUAUUUUUGUUAUCAUUUGUAAUGUUAAAAAUAAAAAUAAACUUUUCUUUAGAAACAACGUUUGAGUUGGAACCACAACUGUUAACUUAUUAUCAUCUUUUUUUAUUACAGUAGGCAGCUUGUUAUACUGUCCAUAUUUAGUAUACGUUUAAUUUAUGUAAACACUUACAUGAUAUACUGUAACUUGGUUAGUUAAAAUGUUUUCGUAAAUAACAUCGUGUGUUGGUGCUGUAAAUAAUGUGUAAAUAAGCAUUUUUGUACUGUUAAAUUUGUACUGAUUUCCUAAAACAUUUAAGGUUAAAUGGUUGUCCGUGUGUCCAAUUUGUAUUGCAAUGCCUUAAAAUUAUAACUCUAGCAACAAAAGGCAUCUAUAACAGUUUCGCGGAGAUGUCUGUUAAUUUGGUUAUCUCGCUGCGCAAAUCAUUCAAGUGAAUAGGUACAUAAUAGUGGUGCAAGCUAUUUUCAUGAUUUCAGUGCUAAAGCCAUGGUAUCUUGUGUAGCAUUCCAAUCAUAUUAGAUCUGAAAAUGAAUUUUACAUUUAUUUAUGACAAUUAAAUUAGUUCAACUUAGUUCAACAAUUCAACAAUCAACUUAGUUGUGACGUAUUUAUAUAUUUGGAAUCCAAUAUUUUAAAAACAAGGACGAGUAAAUCAAACUUAAGCCUAUCCAGGGCAAUGUUUUCUUAUCAUAAACAAUUUAAGUGUUUCCACUGAUCUAGGACACACGGUACUUUGCAAUAAAGUGUAUUGGUAAGUUCUGUCAGUCUUCUAUAAGGAAAGCUGAACCGUGGGACUCAAUAUUAACAAUAAAUAUAAAGUAAUAAUGCCCUUUAAAAACUGUAGUGUAUAUGGGAAAAAUGUGUGUUUUACCAAAUAUUUUGCCUAGAAGUGAUAUUUUUAUUAAUUACACUUACCAAUUUUAUUGAAAGUAAUUAUAAGACCAAUAUUUGUAUACUAUGUAGUUUUUCAAAACGAACAAGG